AUGGUAUUAGAUGUUGUCGAAAGUGGUUUAAGUUAUUUAAAUAGCGGCUUAAAUGAAACGGCAUACGAAUAUAGGAACGAUGCCUUCACCAGCAAUCGUGAGUACGUUUACCAUUAUGAGACUCAGGUAAUGAGCGCUAUCAAAACUGCCAGCAGACAACUGACUGGCUUAAAGAUCAGAUCUCAGGUCCAUCUCUUUUUCCAAAACCAAAUGGCCUACAUUAAGUUGCAAAAUAUCAAAGUGUUUGAACUUGAUGAAGUGAUCCCCGCAUCGCAGCAGCAUGGUUUUCUACCGGAAUAUUUGCUAAGACCAGUGCCCUACGAAGUUGAAAAAAGUAUAAUGGCAGAACUCACAAAACCCAUCAAGUUUCAAUAUGACCAAGGAGCAGUGAUCGAUAUUUUUCAUGCUUCCGAUGAUUCUGAUUGGUCUAUCAAUAUCAAAAAAGGAGUUAUCAGUGCUUUGCAACUGCGAGUAGCCAACAAAUGGCAACAGUCUGGCAGCAGUCUAGUUUCAUCUGCUGAGAGAUCGACUGAUACAAAAUCUCCGGUGAAAGUUUUCGAGACUGUCGAGACUGAUGUCCUUGGCAAAUGUACAUCUACCUAUGCCAUCUACCAUUCAACCGGAAGGCUACCCGAUCCAUUUCAAGCUUCUUUACCUAGCAACGAUGCUGUGGUUCGUAAGGUAAGAGACAGCGCUGGAUGCAUCAAAGUUUAUGGAAAACCAGUGGGCCUUUAUGCUGGCUUGCCACAUUUGGCCGAAGAAAAAGAUUUAAUUGAUGGCUCAGUGACAGUUGAAUCCCACAUAAGCGGCAACCUUGAGAACUUUUUAAUAAAAAAAGUAGAAGUCAAAGGUAAGUACCACUUCACUCCAUACGUUGAAGAAGGAGGGCAUGUUAGCACUCAAGUUCUGUUAGUAAUCCAUAGUUUUAUUAGAUGA